GAACGUGUUUGGAGUGAGUUGACGGAACGGAGUUCAGGGACGAGGGACGUUCCCAGCGACUGCGGGCACGAGUCGGGGCGGCGGGGGCGGCUGGUCAGGAGGGAGGCGGGCGCGUGGAGGUGGAGAAGGUUGGGAUAGAGGGAGUGCCGAUUGGGCAGACCCAGGCACCUGAUGAGGAAUUGAAAGUCCGCUGUAGUGACGGAGUAUAGAUAAUGACGAAGACCCACGUCAUAAGGAAAAGGAGGAAACUGUCGUCACAAGGGAGAGACCACCAUCGUCCUGCGUCAGAGCUGCCUGCGUCACUGUCGCUGCGUCACUACUCUCACUGCGUCUGUCCAUCGUGGGCUUAUUAGCCAUUAAUGUCUCAUUCCCCGCCUUCUCCGCCUCCCGACCGCUCUCCCCAACGUCCCCCGCCGCCCCGCCCAAAGCGGAGCACUUUUGAUCUCGAGCCUAAUCCCUUCGAGCAGUCCUUUGCCCGGCCCUCCAACGACUCGUCUAUCCGGACUGCUCACAAGUCCCCGACCCACGACGAGUCCUCCUCCAACGAUGCUCCCUCCGAUCGUCCCCAAUCCCGCCAGUCCAACAACCAGUCUCGCUCGCCAGACCCAAAGCCUCUUCUCCCUCCUGUCGCUGCAAUCAACUCCCCCUCCGACCCCGCCAAUUACUCAUGGGCUUUCUCUUCCGCUGGUCUCUCCAACUCUCUCCGCUCGGGGCCCCUCUCCCCUGCCAUGCUCACAGGUCCCCAACCUCAGACUACUUCUCACCACCACCAGCCAUCAUCGUCCUUUGACCCUGCCUCUUUCCGUACUGGCCUCACACCUCGCACCGGUCUCACUCCAGCGACGGGCCUCACCCCCCUUAUCGGGGGGCCCGUCAGCUUUCCCCCACCUAGCCCCAACACCGCUGCUUUCCUCGCCAUGAUGAACAACAACGCUGGUCAGGCCGCGAGCUUGUCAUCUGUAGCUGCCACUAUCACUCCAAACACCCUCUCAGCCAUCACUGGCGUCCUCUCCAACCAACAGAACUCGCACCAAAAUUCAUCUUCUACCAGUAACCCUUCACCCCUGUCCAUGUCACAUGUCACCGCUGGUUAUUCUCCGUCUCACCGUUCCUCCAACGCCGAGUAUGUCACCAGUGCUGCAACGGCUGCCAAUACUGCUGCCAAUGGGCUUUUCCUCCUCUCUCAGGCUCACCAGGAGCUGACUAAGCGUGAAGAAGCACAGAGGAACGCCGCCGCCGCUGCCAAUGCCAGUCAGUCGGCUGCUCCGGCCGCUCCUCCGAAGCGAGGCACAAAGCGUAAAGCAAACGAACCCUCGCCGGCAUUAGAAGAGCCUCCGCCGAAGUCCAGCUCGAAGCGCACACGAUCGACGGCUACCCAGAACGCUAGACGGGCCUCGACUCAGAGUUUGGACUUUGGUGAGGAGGAAGAAGAGGAAGAAGAAGAACUCCCGCAGGCCAACGGCAAGAAGGGUAAUGGGCAGCCGAAGAAGCCAGAGACGGAAGAAGAGAAACGUCGCAACUUCCUCGAACGAAACAGACAAGCUGCAUUAAAGUGCAGGCAACGGAAGAAAGCUUGGCUAGCACAGUUGCAAGCCAAAGUCGAGUAUCUUUCAAAUGACAACGAACGACUCACCGCUGCCCUCGUCGCUGCACGAGAAGAGAUCUCGCGGCUCAGCGCACUUGUCGGUGCUGCAGGCGUCGGGGUCGGUCCCCAUCAUGGCGCCUCUGCCGCCGUACCCAUAAACGGAGUCCACUCUGGGCAUUCCGGUAAUGGAGUGAACGGGGUGAAUGGCAACAACGGACAGGCAAAUAAUGCAGGUUCGAACGGGUCGAAUGGUCAGGCACCGGCAGGAGGCCCUGGUGGGCCGCCGGUCAGUGUGAAUGUGAGCUUGCCGGGAGCGAGCAAGAAUGUGAAUACCAUGGUCAGUGGAGGUGGAUCGAGAGGGUAUGGCUAUUAAUGGCCUUGCUUGAGUGUUGCGAUUUCCCAUCUUUUUGCAAUCGUUGAGCUUGAACAUUGGGAUUCUUGUUACACACGUCCCUCAUGCUUACCUCUUCUCUCCUCUGCACGUUGACCUUCUUGCCCAUCGUUCUUCGCCAUCGCUCUCUUGUCGCUCCUAUGCGCCUUCUGCUCGCAUUCCAUUUGCUUAUCGUUCCCAUCAGCAUCCAUACCUACAUCACACAUCAUGCAUCAUCGCCGUUCAACUUUCACUUCCACCACCACCACUUACUACGUAGCCAUUCUGAUAGUCUUCUUUUCCCCAUCAUCCUCUCUUGCUUCUUGUGUCAUUCCCAUUAACCUCUUUAGUAGCUGUACUCUCACAUCUCGCUCAUCCUUCUCAUAUUGAUCUCAAAGUACUUGUUCCCUCGGUUCUUGAUCGCUUUCUCAGUAGUAUAAUCAUUUUUCCUCCGAUACAUAGUCAGAUUUCUCUUGCUUUUCUUGUCAAGCUCAAAUAUUGAUUUUUGACUUUUUGCUUGUUUGAUCAUGGACUUCAUAACGAUCACGGGUCACCAUGCGGCCACUAAGCUGGUGGUAUAAAAUAGUCGUGUAUGAUACAUUUAUUAGAGAUGCUUUACAAGUGACGACAAUAAAAGUUGUAAUAUUGUCAUUGUACGAAAUUGUAGUGCUAUUAUGAGUCUGCAAACAUCCUGCUAGGUCAGAU